AUGACAUCCAAGCCCUCCCUCUAUGGCUUACCCCGGCCCCCGAAAUCCUCCACCACUAACUCAGCCUCCAACUCCGCCUUUACCUCGACCCUCUCCUCCCUCCUCGCCUCCUCCACAACCACGAAACCCCACCCGACGCGCCCCUCAAAACCAAGAUCCAAAGACGACAUCUUCCACACCUCAAACCGCAACACCAAAAAGCGCGCCCUAGCAGACAUCUCCCAAGAUGGCUUGCAACAGACGCACUCCACGACUUCCCAAGACGUGGACGCCGCAUCCUGGCAUCGCUCGAAGCGGAAGAUGGAGGAGAAGAGCAGAUUGUACGCGAGUAUGAAGAGAGGAGAUUACGUGCCUACUACGGGGCACAGGGAUAAGGAACGGGACGGUCUGGUGGAUUUUGAUCGGAAAUGGGCGGAGGGGCCAGAGGGGGAUGGCGAGGGGGAGGAGGGGAGUAGUGACGACUAUGCCACCUCUGGCGACGAAGACGCCGGUGCAAACGGUACGGAAGAGAUGGUAGAAUACGAAGACGAAUUCGGGCGCGUGCGGAAGGGGACUCAGAAAGAGGCCGCGAAGACAACUCGAUCCAUGAACGCGGCGAAAUACGCCGGAGAAGAACUAGCGGAAUCCUCUGCCCUGCCUCAGAGGCCGGAGAAUUUGAUUGUGGGGGAUACAGUGCAAGCGGCGGCUUUCAACCCGGAUGAGAUGGCGCAGAAGCGCAUGGACAAUCUGGUGGGGAAACGGGAUCGGAGUGCCACCCCGCCGGAGGAGGUGCAUUAUGAUGCGAGUAGUGAGGCGAGGAGUAAAGGGGUGGGGUUCUAUAGGUUUAGUAGGGAUGGGGAGGAGAGGAAGGGGCAGAUGGAGGAGUUGGGGAGGGCGAGGGAGGAGACGGAGAAGAUGGGGCGGGAGAGGGAGGAACGGAGGGAGAGGAAGAAGAGGGAGGUGGAGGAGCGGAGGAAGGAGAUUGCGAGAAGGAGGGGAGAGAAGAUGGCAGAUCAAUUUUUGGAGGGGUUGGAUGUUGGGUGA